ACGCGGAAAAUCACAUCAUAUCACCUCUGAAAACAGACUUUGCUCCCCCAACCUUCUCAUCCCCUACGUAUCCCGCCCAGCCUGUCCUUUCUUCCUUGCCUUCGUCUUGGCUGGUCUCUGGACGGUCAUCGCUAGCGGCUGGGUCGCGGGAUCCGUGAUCUAAUUAUAUAUCCGAUCUAUCUAUCUAUCUACCUAUCUCUCCCCACUAGACACCAAUUGCGCAUGGUCUGUCGCUUGCUCGUUGUCUGCGCUCAGUCUUUUUCGUCCCGGUCCUACCGUGUGAUCUCAUCCCCUGUCCUCGGCGUGGUCGGGGACUCUGUCGUCAGCGUGCUGGUCCGGUCAAUCACAAGUCGGGUACAUAUAUACUACGACCUGGAGUUCUCGGCCGGGCAGCACCGUCUGCAUCGAAAAUUAGGCCAGAGCCAGGGUGACCGCGGCACCUGACAUUGCCUUCAGUCGGUGCAACGGGCUCAAGUCAGACAUGUCCAUAAAGCAGGAGAUCGAGACCUGGGUGCAAGCCCUGGACCACUACGACAAUCAAGAAUACGAUGAGGCCCUUCAGGUCUUCAGUGCCAUUGCCGAAACAUCCAAGAUCCUUUUCAACUGUGGAGUGAUAUAUGCUACGUUGGGAGAGCAUGACAAAGCGGUUGAGUGCUACCAACGAGCGAUUGGGCUCGAUCAAUACCUGGCCAUUGCGUACUUCCAAGAAGGAGUGUCCAACUUCCUGCUGGGAGACUUCGAGGAAGCAUUGGCCAAUUUCAAUGACACGUUACUGUACCUUCGAGGUAACACAUCCAUUGACUACGAGCAGUUGGGUCUGAAGUUCCGGCUGUACUCCUGCGAAGUGCUGUUCAACCGCGGCCUGUGCUAUAUAUACCUGCAGCAAGUGGGCCCAGGUCUCCAGGAUCUGGACUACGCAUCCAAAGAGAAGGUGACACCGGACCACGAUGUGAUCAACGAUGCCAUUAGAGAACGAGCACAGGGCUACACGGUCUUUUCCAUCCCGGUAGGAGUGGUCUACAGGCCCAACGAGGCGAAGGUCAAGAAUCUGAAGUCUAAAGACUACCUGGGUAAGGCCCGGCUGAUUGCCGCGACAGGGGAGCGCAACGGCGUCCCGUCCGGUCCGCUGAACCUGGAAAUUCCCCGGGCUCAGACGGUGCUUGACCAUCGUCAUCCGGAGCACCUCCCGUUCGCCACCUCACAUCUGGUGCACAAAAAUCUGCCGAGCCGGAGCCGUCAGCACUCUGAACCGCCUCUGAACCGUAAUCUCUUCCCUCCUACUCCCCCGCCGGACGCAGACAAGGCGAGUACCAACAGCUCCACAGGAAGUCUUGGGACCACCGGUCGACCGGGGUCCAUUCGCGCCGCACCGCCCCCGCGGCUCGACCUGAAUCAAGGCUCCGGGCGAGAGACCGUCCUCAGCGACAAGCCGCGAAUCGGAACGACUCGGACGGCAUCCGAGCCCCGGAGAGCGGCAGCGUCUUCGUCUCGAGCCGGCGCCCGGGAAGAACAGUCAACCCGCGGCCGAGAAAUGCGUGGCCAUCGGCGCGGGGUCAGUGACACAGGGUCUGCAUCGACGUCGGGUGGGUAUUCGGAGGGAGCAUACUCGGGCACACGGUCCAUGCCCGUGGGUACUGGCUGGCCUCGCCAGCGGGAACGGUAUAUUGACGAGGAAGAAGAGUACGUCAGUGGGUCGGGGUCUGCGGAAGGUGACUUUGACAUUGUGGACGGACGAUCGCCGCAGCGGAACUCUCGACGAGGAACAUCGCGAGCGCGGCGGCCUGAGGUCCGAAAAUAUCGGGUCAAGACGCAUUCCCACGAGGAUACCAGGUAUAUCAUGAUCGAACCGGUGAUCGACUUUGCGGAGUUUGAGAGACGGAUCCGGGACAAGUUCAAGUUCCGGACGUUGCUUAGAAUUCGCAUGCAAGAUGACGGUGAUAUGAUUACCAUGGUGGACCAGGAGGAUCUAGAUCUUCUGAUGAGCUCAGCCCGCGAGAUGGCACAACGGGAGGGAAGUGAGCUCGGAAAGAUGGAGAUCUGGGUGGAGGAACGAGGCGUGAUAUGA